GGACGAUAGAAAAAUCCGCCUUGAAAUGAGAAAGGAACUUAUCACGUGUGCUUCACGUGUCAGCUACCUCGUUGCUCCAUUAAUAGCAAAGUGUUCCUCUAGGUUUCUGCAGCCAUGGCUUCAACCUGCGAGUCGGGCAUCAGAUAGGUUCUCUGCAGGGUGCCCUGCCUUCAUCAGCCCUACACAUCAAUCCGAUGGCAUCAUAGUACGGGUUUUGUGCUUUGCUGUUGGGCUGUCUGCCAAGGUCGAAUCUUCGGUUCUUUCUCGCCGGAGAGUUCAUCUUCCGCCGCCUGCCCAUCAACCAGCUUCUCCUCACAAACCCGCCUCCAUACGCCAUUACAUUUUAUAAAUUUAAAUUGCAAUUUGCCAGCCAGAAAAAGAGCCUCCUUAUAGCUCUCUUUCCUGUUUAGUAUGAACAAGAUCAUAUUUUUAUUCAUCCCAUGAUGAAUCGUAAAGAAAAAUUAUGCCUUUUG